GCCUAAACACGUUCUCCGGGUUCAAGGGCACAAACUGGGGUGUCUGGUCACCCGGUGUCACCUGGGCACUCUUCCGGGCAGGGAACCGGUCUCCUUGCUCUGUUAAGAACUUGGUAAUGCUUUACAAAGCAGGUGGGAGCACCUAUUUCGUUUGGUCUUCACAUCAACACCCUACGAUAGGAAUUUGAUUUUUAUUUAAGGAUGAAGAUCUGGUCCUGAUGCCUGGUCUUCUGGGACAUACGGGGUGCAAGCUCUAAGAGACCUCGCCCCACGUCAGCUCCACCGCAAGCCUGGGACGAACCUCAGGCACGAUCAGCGCGCCGAUGCAGUGCGCAUGCGUCCUGUGCCCGCCUCCCAGGGCUCUGACUACAACCCCCAGCAUGCACCGGGCGCCGAGACCUUUCAAACUAGCCAAUCCUCAGCCCGCGCCGCAGUUGCCGCGGCGCGUUUAAACCCGGGGCGGAGGCGCGUCGGCCGGGACCGCUCCGGUGACUUCUGACAGCUCUCGCCGCGGCGGGAGGAGCCGGCAGCGACGCGCCUUCGGCCAGCCAGGCCCAGCGGCGGCGAUGGAGGUUCCCGAGGACGGUGUCGUCCUUUUGGCCGAUGAGAAGUUCGACUUCGACCUUUCCUUGUCGUCUUCGAGCGCGAAUGAAGACGACGAGGUCUUUUUUGGACCCAUUGGGCAUAGAGAACGGUGCGUCGCCGCCAGCUUGGAAUUAAAAGAAUUAAACGGCCAGAUUCCCAAGGAGCCGCCGCCGCCGCCAUCUGAAAGCCGCCUGGCUUGGAGCCCUCUCACGGGGGAGAAAUUUGUGGAGGUUUAUAAAGAAGCUCACUUGCUGGCCUUGCAGAUACAAAGCAGCAGCAAAAACCAGGCGGCCCAGGCUGCCAAGCCCGAGGGCCCUGGGAGCCAGGGGGCGGAUGGAUUCAUCCAGGAGUCAGCGUUAAAAAUAAACCUCUUCGAGAAGGAAAACGAAGCGGAGAAAAGCCCCAGGUCCCUGAAGAGGGAGACGUACUGCCUGUCGGCCGGCGCCCCUCCCGGCCUGGGCCUCGGGCAGACGCGGGGCCCACCGGAGCCGAGGCCUGCUCCCCCUCCGAACCAGGCUGGACCGCAGAAGAAGGUCACCAGCAAAUUGCCACCGCCCCGAGCCUCGUCCCAUAGAGGAAAAAGCAUUCCCUGGGCCGUGGAGAAGCCUGUGAAAGAGAGGCCAGCUAGUCUUUCCAGCGUGAAGACCCUACAUGACAAGGAAGCCCUCGGCACCGUGCCCGCCGACAGGCCCCUGGCUGCCCAGGACGUCAGCGGCUUGCCCGCCAGCGGAGGCCCCGCGGUCCCGGGCAAGCGAUCGCUCCCUGUUCCCAACAAGUCCGGGUUGAAGAGAAGCAUGUUCAAACCACCUGGAUGCGCUGGCGGUCUUGCAAGAAAGCCCUCCUCCUCCUCGGGGUCCCUCUCUGGCGGGAGUUCUGGCGCCUGUGCUUCUCCGGUGGCCGGCAAAGCUAAAUCCGGUGACCAUCCAAGCCUUCCCGCGGGCAGCUCCCGGCCAGACCCCGGCCAGUCGGGCAGAACCGGACUCGCCGUGCCGCCGCCGGCUCUGCAGGCGGGCCCUGUGGCCGAGGCCCGCGGGCAGGGCCAGCGUUCCGGGCCUGCCGCGUGGACAGCGGAGCAGCCCAGGGCGCCCAGCAGCGGGCCGCUCGCCCGACCCCACACUCCAGGACAGGGAGGCCCCGGGCUGAGCUCUCACUUGGGUUUGGCACCGUCUUCGCAAACGCAGGCGACGGGGGGCGCCAGAGGGCGUGGUUCCUGUCUGACUUCCAAGACCAAGGUCACGGCUACCCCGACAGACCAGUUUAAAGUUCCCAAGUUUUCUGCUGGUGAACCCCCAGGCGGUGCCACCCCCAGGUCCUCCCGGGCGCAGAGGCCGCAGUCCUGCACGGCCGUGGGAAGGGUCGUGCACAGCACGCCUGCCCGCCGGUCCUUGGCCUCACAGAGCCUCGUGGGCAGCAUGGGGACCCCCGUGAGCGCAAGACGCAUGUCGGCCCUGCCCACGCCUGCCAGCCGUCGUCUCUCCAGCCUGGCACUGGUGACCCCUCAAACCAUGCCCAGAGCACUGGCUUCUCCCCUGUGCGUGUCUGCUCGGCGACUCGCUUCUGAGCCACAGAAAAAAUCUGCAGUAAGGGCCGCCCCAGCGACGGAGCGCCAGGGCCGGGUGGCCUCCGGGCUCUCGGACACGUCGCUGGACGGGAGCUUUUCUCCUGCGUCUGCUGUGCCACAGGCGCUGAGCUUUUCUCCGGAAAAGAGUGACUUUACUUUCUCGAAAAGUAUCGCCACAGAAGCAGCAGCAGCUCUGGGUGACCCGCGGCCACCCGAAGCUCCGCUCCCCGAGGAGGCGGUCCUCGUGGACGUGCAGCUGGAGCAACUCCGCAUCGGCCCGGCAGCCGCGGGCGACCUCCCGCUCAUCGACUUCUGCGCGCCGCCCGAGGCCAGCGCGGCUUUGGGGGCUGGGGGCGGGCCCCUGGUCGACCUCCUGACGAACACCCCAGGCGCGGAGCGGGGGGCUGCGGCCAAGCCCCCCCUCGAGGCGGGGCAGCUCAUAGACUUGUCCUCCCCUCUGAUCCUGCUGAGCCCCGAGGCCGACAAGGAGAACGUGGAGUCGCCGCUUCUCAAGUUCUGAGCAGGACGAGGGCCUUUGCGUUUCCCUCAAGGCCAGUGCCUUCACCACAGGCAGCCCUAGUGUGGCUUUCAACCCUGAGAUAAAGUUGAGAAGAGGUGGUUUUGGCAAAGGUGAAAACACAAACAUCUAAGUGAAGUGGCCAUGCCUGGAGUGGGGCUGUGGGAUCCAGGGUGUUGGCCACCUGAGGUCACUGCUGGCCAGGAGCUCCUGUUCCCACGCCCGCCACACCCGCAGGAGCGAGGAGCUGCAGUGGCUCUAGGUGAAGAAUUUGUUUGGAAUCUUUUGUACGUAAAAUAGCAAGUGGCUAUUUUUAAAAUUAAGUGUGUAUGAAAAGUUAAAUAUUCCAGGUUUAAGUUAAAUUGUAAAAUAAAAUGUAUUAAAGC